CAACAACGAGCAUAAACACAAUAGAGAGAGUGUUCAGAGAGCUCCGGUUUUCGCACAAAACCGCGAGUACACAGAGGAGCUGUUUUAUCCUGGAGACGACCGGUUGAUAGUCUGCCGUGCGCAUCGAGGGCAGUGCCGCGAACGUCUUAAAGAGAGCGACCUAGUCCGCGACUCAGCUCCAGAUUCGGUAACCUCGUUCCUGUUGUUGUUCCGUUCCUAACAGGUGACGUCGUACAGAUUAUAGGUAUCGUAGGGGAGACGAUGAUCUUUGAUGCUGAUUGUCGCCAUUGUUGUUUGAGAGCUCGCCUUUGCCACUCUGGAUUUUCCCUCCCUUCGUCAACUACUCGGCACUCGGCAGGAUUCUGUAGAAGUAAAAUACGAAAAUAAUUUUCCUUAACCUAAUCGUGCUCUUAAUCUUUAGAUGUAUAUGUAACUUGUAAUCUCUGAAGUAUUAAAAUUAAUUUUCUUUCAUUACUUUCUUUACUUUUAUUUUUUCGUUAUUUCUUUUGUCAGUUACAGCUUACUGUCGAUAUAUAUUUGACCUAUUUGUUAUUGAGUUCAUUUUUCGAGUUUAGACUUUAGUUCAUUGAUUCUUAGUAUCCUUUUUAUAGAGCAACCAACUGUCCAACUCCCUGAUUCCAUCCCAAUUUUAUCAUGUUCUUCAAAGAACUUCCUGCUUUAAUUUGGUGUUUCUAUCCGUAUUCUUUUCUCGCAGAGUUUUGGGUUCUUCGUGACUCUUUACGAUGAUAGUGUCUGACUCACUCUUCCACUAAUGUCUUAUUUUGUAGGAAUGGGCAGAUGAUUAUCAAGAUGAUCAACGCGAGAGAUUCGUCGCAUGCGGUGGAUAGAGCUUCCAUGCAAGAGAUUCAGGUGUUGUGGGCUUCUUUCAUACGUGCAAUGUUCAAUUUCAAUUCCCAAAUGUAUAAUAAGGUUUCCAUAUCGUGGCAAAACAAGCCUUUCGAGCAAUGAUACUUGUCGAUUAUAUCUGGGAUUUCGCCAUGACCAUUUGGGAAGCGGGUCAAAAUCAUUUGACCCUGAUCUUCCCGAUCACGAGUUGGAGCUUCUCCAAUCGAUCGUCUCGUUGUUACCCUCUGAAAACGUCGCUUUCUUUGUUCAUUUCCUCUGCGGCCUCCUCUGAUCUGCAAUCUUCCUUAAAAAGACAAUCGCUUGCAAGAACGAGUUGGAGAAACGAAUAUGGGGUUUUUUAUGGCGGUGAUUUCACGGAAUUUUAUUCCACUGCUACCCAAAAAGUGGCUAAGACGGUUGAUGCUUAUCUUGGCGAGAUCGCAACGCAUGCAGGGCUGACCAUCUCUAAGUCCAAUGGGAUCGCUGUUCUAGUCCCCAAAGCAGCCAGGAAGGUCGAUGAUGAUUACGCAUGCGAAACAGUGGCGAGACAGGGACGGACACCAAUGGAUUGAUUGAGAGAGACGAUGAAGAUGAAGUCGGAGAUCCCCACAAGGUUGGUGGCGGCGAGGACGAUGAUGGUAGAGGCUCUGUUUCGCUGUGGGCAAGGCGAAGCGGCGAAGUCGAAGGCGAAGCUAGGGAUUAUAGCAUCGCAUUGUCUCUCCAAAAUGGCAGCGUAAGACCAAUUCAGCAGUUCGGGUUUUUGGGUUUCAGCGAAACCGAAACUGCCGCAAAACAGUUCGGGUUGAACCUGAAAAAUCGAAACCUGAACAGACAAUUAUCGGGUUGGUUUUGGGUUAACCCGAAAAAUCGAACCCGACCUGUCACCCUUACUUACAACAUUGUCACUUGAAGAUUCUGUAUACAGAGAAGAGAAUUAAAUGAGAAGAAGAUUUGGGUCAAUAUUGGGACUUGAGAGAUCAUAGGCUAAUUUCUUUAAAAUUAUUAUGAGUCUUACGUUUAUGGAGUUUAAUUAACAUAAUAUAAAGUGGAUCAUGGGCCGUAGGCUCUGGCUUCUAUAGACUGCAGUUAAUUAAAAAAAAAAUUUAACGGCAGGAGAGGAGAGCAUUUGGGCGGGACAAGGAAACAAUUAUUGGAAAAAUAGACACAAAUUCCCCGGGCAAAAAAUUAAGGGGAGACUUGGAAUUUUUAAUGAUAAAAAGUUUGUAAAACUCCACUAUCUAUUAUUCUAUUGAUUGACACCUCAACGCCAUUUUCACUAAAAUAUCCAACUAAUCCAAUUUAUUUAUAUUCAAUUCAUUUGAUCUAAAUUCAAUUAGAUUGGUGGAUUCAUGCAUCAUUAGUAAAUUACACUUUGGUACCUACACUUUUUGUACUUUACUAUUUGGUACACAAAGUCUAUUUUUAUACAAAAAAUAUCAUUGAAAAAUUAUGUUUUGGUGCCUAAAAUUUUUCAUUAUGACAUUUUAGUACCUAAACUUUUCAAAAUUUACAUAUUACUCCAAGACUUGAUUAAUCCACCGAUUCAAUUGAUCUAAUUCAUGAAUCCACCAAUCUAUUUGAUCCAUGGAUCUACCAAUCCAAUUGCCACCUCUACUUGUGAGUACACGAUUUAGGAGAGCAUCACUCUAGGGCUGCAAACGAGUCGAGUCGAGUCAAGUCGAGUUUUUGCUUAGCUUGAGCUCGACUCGUUUAAAAAUAUUUCAACUCGAGCUCGGCUCGAACUCGAAUUUUGAUAAUCCAGCUCGAGCUCGAGCUCGGCUCGAUUAAAAAUGAUUCAGCUCGAGCUCAAACCCGGCUCGAUUAAAAAUGAUUUAGCUCGAGCUCGACUCGGUAGAGCUCGAUAAAUGGUCAUUAACACAGCUUGUCAAGCUGAGUACAAGUUUAGCUCAAGAUGAGCUCGAUUUGAAAUCAUUCUUGCUGAAAAAUGUGCACAAAUAAUAAUUUAAAUGAUAAAAAGAGCACUAUAAACUAAAAAGAACAGCUAACUUUCAUACAUAUAUAGAUUAACAAGAUAAAGUUCAUGUUUAUAAGAAUAAUUAAUCCUUCUACAAGCUCUAAACAAGCCAGCUCAACAAGCCACCGAGUCAAGCUAGCUCACGAGCUUAUCAAGCUUAGCAUGGUCUAGCUCAAAGCUUAGCUAGUUUACUAACGAGUCGGAUCAUGAGCUAGCUUACUAAAUAACGAGCCGAGUGUCAAACGAGUUUUUUCCGAUUCGAACGCCGAGUUGCUCGUGAGCGGCUUGGCUCAUUUGCAGCCCUACAUCAGCAUGUAGCCAUUCUAGUCAGAGCAACUGAGCUGUUGUAGCGAGAAUGAGUCAUUUAUAUUUUCCACGUAUCUAAAGAGGGUGAUAAGUGCCUCGAUUUUCUCAUUAGUCGAGGGCAUUAGGGGUGGGAAUCUGAAUCUAAUUUUUUGGUCAAACUAGAAAUCGGGCAGUUAAAAUCGUCCCAAUUGCAACCGAAAAUCGGAUUACCAUCAACCCAAUCCAAUUUUCUGUUGUAGUGCACACUAAGCGGUCCAAUUCAGUUAAAACCGAAAAAUAUGGAUAGCCCAAACCAAACCCAAAACAAUUGGCAGCCAAGGCCCACCGAGCCCCAAUCCUGAUCCCUAAUUUCUACUUUUCUAGAGACCCCUCAUGAUCCUCCAAAUCAACGCCGCCUCGCCUC